AACAAAACCAAUAAAAGGGUUUACGAAGGUCUCACACAGAUUUUGAGUGGCGUCUUGGAAGAUUUUGGUCAAGUUUAUUAUGGCAUUGGCGGACGAUGUCCACAACCCUCCUUCAAUGUUUGAACAGAGUUAUCGUUGUUACCCUGUUUCUUUCAUUGAUAAGUCUCAUUUGGAGAAGGGUGAUAAAAUUAUAAUGCCUCCAUCUGCUCUUGAUCGCCUCGCCUAUCUCCAGAUUGAUUAUCCAAUGCUAUUUGAACUCAGAAACCCGUCUGCUAGUAAAGUUUCUCAUUGUGGUGUGCUUGAGUUCAUUGCAGAUGAGGGCUUGAUAUACAUUCCGUACUGGAUGAUGGAGAACAUGCUUCUGCAAGAAGGGGAUGUCGUAAAUGUCAAGAAUGCUAGUCUAUCAAAGGGAACUUAUGUGAAACUUCAGCCUCACACCAUGGAUUUUCUUGAUGUAUCAAAUCCAAAAGCAAUCUUAGAGACAACGUUAAGAAGCUACUCCUGCCUAACCACUGGUGAUACGAUAAUGGUGGCAUAUAAUAACAAGAAGUUUUAUAUUGACAUAGUUGAAACUAAACCAUCAGCUGCAAUAAGCAUCAUUGAAACAGAUUGUGAAGUUGACUUUGCACCACCACUCGACUAUAAAGAACCUGAAAAGCCUUUGAAAUCUAAGGCUCCUUCAGAAGCUCAAGAAGAAGAAGAACCAGCUAAGAACUUACCCAAGUUCAAUCCAUUCACUGGUUCAGGAAGACGAUUAGAUGGGAAGCCAGCUGAGCCUGUGGCUGCACCGCUGCUUCGACCACACAAGGCAGAGGCUACAACCAGUGAUAGCAAUGGUUCUACACCAUCAAACUCUAAUUCAAGAAAACGUUCUGGGAAGCUUGUUUUCGGGUCAAAUGCAGAUGAAACUCCAAAUGUAAAACCAAAAAGCGCCACAAAAGAAGCAAAAGACACAAAAGAAGAACCGCCUAAGAAGGAAGAACCAAAAUUCCAAGCAUUUACAGGGAAGAAGUACUCCCUAAAAGACUAAUUUAAUGAAUCUAACGUUUUUCUUUUAUAAUAUAUGUUACUCGUUCAACAUUUUUUUGUGCAUUCCCAGAAAUCUCCUUUUGAAACCCAUGUAGCCUUGUGCAUUCACUAGAAUUUCCGUUUAAGUUAUUAUUUUCUUCACCAUUCCCAGUGA